UCCGUCGCUUCGAGCUCGGCACCGGGCUCCGUGGGAAAGGAAGCCCGAGCCUUGCUGAGGUGAGCGGGAGCGGUUUUGUGGGAGUGGGACCCACCCUGGCGAGAAGGACGAGGGAAUUCGGCCUGGACGAACAUGAACGAUUGGAUGCCCAUCGCCAAGGAGUAUGACCCGCUUAAAGCUGGCAGCAUUGAUGGCACCGACGAGGAUCCACAUGAUCGAGCUGUCUGGAGGGCGAUGCUGGCACGAUAUGCCCCCAACAAAGGCGUCACAGGAGACCCCCUCCUCACCCUGUUUGUGGCGAGACUAAACCUGCAGACCAAAGAGGAGAAGUUAAAGGAAGUAUUUUCCCGCUAUGGGGACAUCCGGCGGCUUCGGCUGGUGAGGGACUUGGUCACGGGCUUUUCGAAGGGCUAUGCCUUCAUCGAAUACAAAGAGGAGCGUUCUCUGCUCAAAGCUUACCGGGACGCCGGUGGCCUGGUUAUUGACCGACACGAGCUAUUUGUGGACUAUGAACUGGAAAGGACUCUCCAAGGGUGGAUUCCUCGGCGGCUUGGAGGGGGCCUGGGGGGCAGAAAGGAAUCUGGGCAGCUGAGAUUCGGGGGGCGGGAUCGGCCUUUCCGAAAACCCAUUCAUCUGCCCGUUGUUAAAAACGACCAGUUUCGAGAGGGAAAGAGGGAGAGAAGGGAGCGAUCUCGAUCGCGAGAAAGACACUGGGACUCCAGGAUGAGGGAUCGGGACCAUGACAGGGGCCGGGAGAAGAGGUGGCAGGAAAAAGAAUCCACCAGGGUGUGGCCAGAAGGUGACUGGGACAGAGGGAGGGACUUCAGAGACGACAGGGUCAAGGGGAGGGAGAAGGGGGACAGAAGUAAGUAGACCAUCCCCUGCCAAACCCAAAGCAAGGUACCCGACCAGUAAAAGUGCCGGGAGACCUGCCCUGCUUGUAUACAGAAUCCAAGUCCAGUGGUUGAAUAAAGCUUACUGAUGAAAACA